UACCUCAGUUCAAUGGUAGGGAGUCGAACUCCUUUAUAAGCCUUGCAUCUGGACGUUCCUCGUACACUUCACUGAACUGAUCUUCUCAAGUCUGCAAUCAUGUUCAAGUUUCUAACUCUAUCUUGCCUAUUGGCAGUCAGUGUUCAAUGCAAGAUCUCACAAAAUCAGGCUGUACCAUACUAUCCUCAACCGUAUCCGGCAACAUAUCCUCAAGUAUAUCCUCAAUUUUACUCUGCACAACCGAAAUACAGUGUGCAACCCGCCUAUGUAGCAACCGCCUCAUAUCCAGCCCCUGUAGCCUACCGACAAGUCUUUGUACCAGCUAAUCCUGCCUACAAUCCUUAUUAUUACGGAUACGCUCCUUAUCCAGCCAAUCCACAAGUUCAGCAGUACCCAUAUCCUUACGUUCAGAAUGAUGGAACCCAACCCGCUGCAGCUCAACCCGGUUGGGGAGAAUACUUGUCAAACAGUUUCUGGAGCUAUGUACCUAACUUCCCUUACGUUACGUCUGGAGCUCAACCAACUUCGGAAGCAGAAAGUGGCACGGCUGCUGCAACCUCUGAAACUUCAGCCGAAAACACAAGUCCAGGAAAAGGUGACAAACCAGCAGAAGGAUCCAAAUCAGAACAAGCUACUAGCGGUGAACAACCUUCUCAAUCACCUUCUAAACAAUUCGCAGCUUAUCCUUUACCGUAUUUCGGACAAGCACCUUAUCAACAAGCUGUCUAUGAUCCAGUUAAAUUGAAUGCAGCGAACAAUGGCGCAGUUUCAAGUUUUCUUUUCCCCAAAAGUCAAUUUCAAUCUGUAUUCCAACAACCACAACCGGUUGCUGAUCAAAAAUACUACCAGACCCCACAGUCUAACCAAGGUACCGCAGCACAAGCUUACCAGAGAUACUUGCAAUCCCAAAAACAAUAUUUACAGGGACAAUACCAACAAGAUCAACCGUUCCAACAACAAACGGAACUAUUCCAACAACAAUAUGAUCAACAACCUCAGAAAGACGAAUCCUCUGUUGUCGUAGAUUCUAAUGUAACCGGACUCCAAGUCAAUGCUGAAGGCCAACAGCUACCACAAUCUAAAGUAGCUACAGGUUCGAACUAAUUUGGAGCUAUUACCCGACUGAAUUAUUUUAUACAAUAUUCCAAUUCAAUUAUAAUUUUAUAAUUUUAUUUUAUAUAAUUAAUGUUAAAUUAAAUCAAUAUUAAUAUGAUAGUAACGUGAGCCAAUUCAAUGCACACAAUACUAUUAUUGUAUAGAAGCUGAGUUAAAAUACGAAUUUAUUGUCAAAU